UUGCUUCAUUAGAGUAUGCGCAGUAGUAGGGAGUAGACGCUUUAUAGCCAUCAUUGUCGGUGCGGCUUAUCGUAAUGGCUAAGAAAAGUUACGACUAUUUGUUUAAAUUGCUUCUUAUCGGUGAUUCCGGUGUUGGAAAGACUUGUAUUCUCUUUCGAUUUUCCGAUGACGCUUUUAACACGACGUUUAUCUCGACGAUCGGGAUUGAUUUUAAGAUCAAAACAAUCGAACUGGAAGGAAAGAAAAUUAAACUCCAAAUAUGGGAUACUGCUGGGCAGGAACGAUUCCAUACUAUAACAACAUCUUACUACAGAGGGGCUAUGGGAAUAAUGUUGGUCUAUGACAUAACUCAGGAUAAGUCGUUUGAUAAUAUCUCAAAGUGGUUACGAAAUAUUGAGGAACAUGCCAAUGAAGAUGUAGAGAAAAUGAUUUUAGGAAAUAAAUGUGAUAUGGAGGAAAAGAGAUCUGUUUCAAAAGACAGAGGAACCAGUAUUGCGAGGGAACAUGGAAUCCGUUUCCUGGAAACCAGCGCCAAAGAUAAUGUGAAUAUUGAAGAUGCAUUUUACAUGCUCGCACAGGACAUUCUUAAGAAACAACAGAAAAAUAAAUCUUCAACAAUGGAUACACAAAAUACAGUUCCUAUCAAGACUCAGAGUAAAGAUUCUGGUGGUUGCUGUUAAAAUUUUGAACAGAGAAUCUUGAGAAGGAAACUAACAGCUUUAGUUCCCUCAUGCCUUUGACUACAUAGGCUUCAUAACUUUACAGAUUCUUUAUAUAAAUAAUGUAGGUUAUCACUAUAUAUUAAUAAUUCAGUAAAAUUAUAUGACUUCCAAAUUGAACCCUUUUAAGUCUAAACAAACUUUAGGGCUGUGCUAUAUGAAUCUCACUUCUAGGUCAAGUUACAUCAACUAAAAUUUCUCUUCCCCCAUUUAGAGCUUAUACUUUUUCAUCACCAAGAUUAUUUUAGUGUGCAUGUAGUAUUGUCAUUCGAGCUUCAUCCAACAAGCUCUUUGCUGUAAAUCAAGAAGUAUUUUUUAAUUUUAAGUGGUUUAAUUUAAGUAUUUGAUACCUACUUUAUGUAAGUGUUGAACUGGUACAAGUACAACACGAUUGUAUAAUUAAGUUCAAAUAAUGCAAUGUGACUAUACCUAGAAGUAAUGUAUUUUUCUACACUAUGUAUAUGUUAUUUUAGUGAUUUAUAUUAUGGAAUGUGGUCAAAAGAAUCUA